UCCUCUCCUGCCCUAAUCCUUCAGCCCUGUCUCUUGUGUUGAUGCUCUUUACAUAUACAGAGUAGAAACUUCAGACGAGAAUUUUAAGGCUACAAAUGAAUUUAAAGAUAUCUUGUUGAGAGGUCCGGACACCAAUGUUUGGAUAUAAACUUCAGUUUGAUCUGGUCUGGAGUGAUAAUUGAAGACAAGAUCUAACAGGACUCUGGAGUCACCAGCCACACCACCACGACUUCUAAAACCAGGAACUGAGACAAACACACAUUCCUACAGAGAAAUUCCAUCUUGUGCUAAUUCAUAUUCAGAACACUGCUUAAAACUAGCAAGACAAGGAUAAGCUGGACUGAGUAACCUGCACUGCAAAGUGGGGGAAUUUGUGAUGUUUGAUGUUAACACCAUUAUUCACUAUUCAUUUUAAAAGACAGUAAAGGAACACAGUCACUAACCUAUGACUGACACUAGUUGUUUAGCAUAUUUAAGCUAAUUAACUUGUCAUGCUUUACUAAAAGAUCAAAUUGCCAGUUUUUUGUGAUCUGAAAUUUAACACCAGACUGCACUUAACUAACAAGCCAAACGAAAACCUUAUAUUUGCUGUAAAAUUAACAAUUAGCCUAGCAGGCCGAGUAAGCCAAGAUGGCUGACCCCUACCAAAAUAACAUGUACCAGCAAGGAGGGGGUGACAGCUAUGGGACUUAUGGAGAAGGUGUUGGCCAUGAUGGAUACGGUUACCGGGAAGACUACCCUCCUCAAGAAGAGGACGCAGCGAGCGACGUGACUGAAGGACACGAUGAAGAGGAUCAGAUGUACGAAGGAGAAUAUCAAGGGAUACCACAUCCUGACGAGGUGAAGGCUGCACAGAGAGCUGCACGGACUAAAGCUCGAUCAGCCGGCAGUGCGGUCUCUGAACUACAAGAGUUAUCUGAACAAUAUGAAGACAUCAUGGAGGACUGUGGCCACGGGAAGUUCCAGUGGACACUGUUUGUGGUGCUGGGCCUGGCUCUGAUGGCUGAUGGAGUUGAAUGUUUUGUGGUUGCGUUUGUUCUACCAUCUGCAGAAAAGGAUCUGUGUCUCUCCAAUGCAGAGAAAGGAAUGUUGGGUCUGAUGGUCUUCCUGAGCAUGAUGUUGGGAGCAUUCCUGUGGGGCGGUCUGGCAGACAAACUUGGCCGGCGGCGCUGUCUCAUUGUGGCAUUAGCAAUAAACUGUGUCUUUGCCUUCUUGUCUUCAUUCGCCCAGGGCUACGGAUUUUUCCUCUUCUUCAGGCUGCUGUCUGGCAUUGGUAUUGGUGGCACGGUGCCAAUUGUGUACUCAUACUUCUCCGAGUUUCUUCAGAUGGACAAGAGAGGAGAGCAUCUGUCCUGGUUGUGUAUGUUCUGGAUGAUCGGUGGGAUCUACGCUUCGUUCACUGCCUGGGGAAUCAUACCCAGAUACGGCUGGGGGUUCAGUAUGGGCACAGAGUUCCAGUUCCACAGCUGGAGGGUGUUUGUCCUGGUUGCGGCUCUUCCUGCUAUCGCCUCUCUGGUUGGACUCACCUUCAUGCCUGAGAGUCCUCGCUUUCUCCUGGAGAAUGCAAAGCAUGAUGAGGCGUGGAUGAUCCUGAAGCAGGUCCAUGACACUAACUGGAGGGCCAAGGGACAGCCAGAAAAAGUCUUUACUGUGACUCACAUCAAGGCUCCUAAGACAGCAGAGGAUGAGUUUAUUGAGAUUCAGAGUGCUACAGGAACAGCUGUACAACGAUGGGCUGUACGCUCACUAACACUCUGUAAACUGGUGUUGAGGAAUGUAGCAUCACUCCUGUCUGCAGAGCUGAGGUUCGCUACACUCUUCAUGGCCAUCAUCUGGUUCUGCAUGGCUUUCAGUUACUAUGGUCUGUCUGUUUGGUUCCCUGACAUGAUCAAACACCUUCAGUAUGAGGAAUACGAGUCCAAGGUCAAGGUGUUCCAUAGAGAACGAGUGGAGAACUUCCAUUUUAAUUUUUCUUUAGAGAACCAGAUUCAUAAAGAAGGGGAAUACAUCAAUGACAAGUUCAUCAGUAUAGAGAUGAAGUCAGUGAAGUUUGAGAACUCACUGUUUGAAGACUGUCGCUUUGAAGACAUCAAGUCCACAGACACUGUGUUUGAGAACUGCACCAUCCGCUCCACUGUCUUCUAUAACACAGACCUGUGGGAGGAGAAGUUCAUUGAUUGCAGGAUGGAGAACACCACCUUUGAGCACAAUAAACAUGGCUGCCAUCUGGACACUGUUGAGGAGAAUGAUGUCCUCAUUUACCUGGUCAGCUUCCUUGGCAGUUUGGCUGUGUUGCCAGGCAACAUCAUCUCUGCUCUCUUCAUGGAGAAGAUUGGCAGGGUCAAGAUUAUAGGUGGCUCCAUGCUCAUCUCAGCGGGCUGUACCUUCUUCCUGUUUUUGAGCUUCAGUCAGGCAGCGAUCAUUGCCUUGCAGUGUCUGUUCUGUGGCGUCAGUGUAGCUGCGUGGAACGGCAUCGAGGUGGUGACCGUAGAGCUGUACCCUACUUCUAAAAGGGCCACAGCAUUUGGCGUGCUGAACGCUCUGUGUAAGCUGGCAGCGGUGCUUGGCAGCUCCAUCUUCGCCAGCUUCGUGGGUAUCACCAAAGCCAUCCCUAUCCUGCUGUCCUUUGCUGCAUUAGUGUGUGGUGGCCUGGUGGCCCUUAAACUGCCUGACACACGAGAGAAAAUCCUCCAGUGAGGUGAUGUGAGAUCUGGAGGUGGGAGCCAUAAGGGGAGGGAGAGGCCAAAACAUACAGUAUGUGCUUAACGUUGGAAGCUUUUUGAAUUGAUUUUGACUUCACUCUGCAUUUUAAAGAAAGCAAGAAUGGAAACAGCUUAAAUGUAAAUUGCCAAGCUCUAAUUUUUUAAGCAAAGUCUUUUCAUUUUGUACAGGUUUGUGGCAGGUAGAGCGGUUCAGGUAUACACAACUGUCAGUGUUCAACUGGAAACUGAGAAUUUGUUUUCUGUUAAACAAAGUGUUGUUCUUUAAUGAUGAAUGACUUUACUAAGGUACACUGGAUUUACUAACCUCAUGUUUAUGAUGUGAGUGAAGAAUAUUAUUUUUGUGUCUAACUUUAGGCGUAAAUCAGAUGAUCUAACUGGCUGUCAUAUCCUCUGCUUCUUGGUUUUUGUUUUUUUUUUGGCCAGUGGUUCCAUGCAUGAUAGGGACUGAUUCAGAUCCUGGCCAAAUGUUCUCUGUGACACUUUUUUCUGGGCUAGAUGUAGCGAAGGAAGACAAAACAGGACAAAAAAAAGAUUCAUACUGAUAUCUGGAUUUCAGAAAUCUCUAUUUUGCAUAUUUCAGGGCUGUACACAGUUAAAAAUGUGCGGAUAUCAAUAGAGUGCAAAAAAUGCAAACACUGUGUUGGACUCCUCAGUGCAGAAUGAGGCGUGCAUACUGGCUCAUCAUAUAUGUAGGUCACUCUUACAGGUGCACCUGGUCAGGAAAGGACAAGAAUUUCCAGAUAGAAGCUCACACACUUUUCAAUCAAUUCCUUAAUAGGGGAUAUCCAAAUGAAGUCUUGGAUCAGGCAUUUGUUAAGGCCUAUGUUAGAAACAGAAAUUAAUUACUGACCAAAAGUAAAUCUCAAAAGUCCAAAACCUUCUCUUGUGUAUUCAGAACUACCUGUUCACCACUUGGGCGUGACAUAUGCAGUGUUAUGAGAAAACACUGGAAUAUUCUAUCUAGGGUAGUCCAUCAACGUGGUUAAGGAAAUCUGCGCUUAAUUGAAAAAGCCCUGUUUGAGAUGAUUUGAGCUUUGUGACAAUGCGAGUUAUCCUGGUGGAGGUAGCCUUUAAAAAAUGGAUACACUGUGGUCAAAGGGAUGGACACGGUCAGCAACAAUACUCAGGUAGGCUGUGGCCUUUAAAUAAUGCUCAGUUGGUACUAAGAGGCCCAAAGUGUGCCGAGAAAAUAUCCCCCACACCAUUAUACCACCAUCACCAGCCUGAACCGUUGAUACAAAGCAGGAUGGAUCCAUGCUUACAUGUUGAUUACACCAAAUUCUGAGCUCAUAUGGCACCAACAACCAUACCAUGCUCAAAGUCACUUAAAUCACCUUUCUUUUGAACUUCAGCAGUUUGUCUUGACCAUGUCUCCAUGCCUAAAUGCUUUGAGUUGCUGCCAUGUGAUUGGCUGAUUAGCUAUUUGCGUUGACAAGCAGCUGAACAGAUGUACCUAAUAGAGUGGCUGAUGAGUGUAUGCAUGUAUAUAUACCAGCAGUGCUUGCUAUUGGACUUGUAAUUAUGUAGCCUGUUGGUAAUUGUCUUAAUUAGUGCUUAAUGAAUCUGCCAGUGACUGAGCAGGUGAAUCUGUACAAGUGACCUACAUAUAUGAUAAACCAGUAUUCAUGCCUCAUUCUGCAAUGAGGAAAGUCCAACAUGGACUGAAAUGUUUGCACUUUUUGUACUUUAUGCACCAUUUUAACUGUCAGUACAGCCCCUCAACAUGCAACAUAGAGAUUUUUGAAAUCCAGGCUUCAGUCUUUCUUUGUUCUGUGUGCAAGUCUUCAUUUGCUACAUUGUGACAUUUCUCUGACUUCCACACCAGAAAAGAAGACUAACAUAGGACAGUUUAUUAGGGCGCAACUCAACUCAUGCCUACCACCAUUUUAAGCUUGAUGGCAAUUAAAGCAAAUAACCCUAACUCCGAUGUGUUGAAACUGUGAAAGAAGCUUGUUGCAGUUUGGAGUCCACAGAGGUUAAAGUUCCCCUCUACUUUGUACAUCAAUUAUACUUGAAAACAUUGCUCCUGCAGUGUCAUUAACAGACGUGGUGAACUAAUAACUCCAUUCAGCUCGCCCAACUGUCAGUUGUCAACAAUUGACUUGUACUGUUACCGAUGUCUUCUAGUUCUGGCUGGCUAGUUCUGUGAUCACUUGUACAAAAUCCACUUAAAAUUAUCAAGUUUAAUUUUAAUGACUGAUAUAUUUUGAAAAUUAUUUGGUCAAUUUGGAAUUUCAUAUUUCAAGUCAAACUGAAACUUGAAUCCUCAUUUUAUUGGGUGAUAUAAACUAAUCAUACUGCAGAUACUGUGAACACUUUUCCAUUUUUCAAAAGAGGAUAAAUCCUUUUUUGUACAUGUUUGCAGCAACAGUAUAAGCUUCAAGCCUUUGGGUAGCUGUAAAUUAUUUUUCUCUCUUUUUCAAGUUCAUAUGACGUUGGUUAUGUACCAUUAGCAAUUUAAGGCAUUCAACAUUUGGGAGCAUCCAUUGUGUUAUUGAGUUUACUGUUUAUUCGUCUCAGAAAGUAGAAGUUGGAGCAAGUGCUCCUGUAACAGCCUCAUCAUUACAAGACCCAUGAUUCUUAUCAUGUCACAGAGUAAUGUAAGGAGUGCUAACAACAUCUGCCCCUGAGCUAGCUGACCAUUGGAUCUGAACUACAAACUACUUUUAGUGUCCAAUAUUGAACCAAUCAAAUUACAGUGCAGACAUUGUCUUAAUGCAAAUGGGUGGAAAAUACAUAUCGUGAUAUAUGUGCAAAUUUCUUUGUUAACACGAUUGAGAUUGUAAAUGAAUUUUGUGAAACUGAAGAUGUUUUUCUGCAACUGCCAACCUCAGUGUGAACUGAAGUUCAGUUAAUUGGUUGAUAGCUUUUGCCGUACCAUUUAGCUCGCAGUUUUUAACAUCCUAUAGCAUCAAACUAAUAGAGGGGCAUAAUAGCAAUGAAUACUGCAGUGGUGUUACUUGAAGUGAAACUAUUUAUUUGUGUAUUGAAGUCCAACAGUUCCUCUGUGUGCUGUGUUCUGCAUGUGUCCGAUCACCUCCCCUCUGGUCUUCAGUCUGUUAUCAGUACAGAGUCAGUUGGCUUUACUUACACAGACAACAUAUUUCUGUUAACAAGAGUUGACAUUUACUUUUCUGUGUCUGACCUGGAGUUAUGGAUGUACGUAUUUUCUAGAACCAAUGACAGCAAUGUAAACGAGCCCCUGUUAGACAACGUUUGGCCUGUUGAGUGAACUAAUGUUGCUAAUGUAAAGACUGACGUAUUUCUUUUUCCUUCUUAAAUUAACUUAUUUUCACCUUCAGUCUCAGUUUCCUUUCAUGCUUGUUGGGCCUACACUUUUAUUGGCACUAUUGCACCAUCUUGUGGAAGAAAUUGAAAAUCACAGUUUAUUUGAGCUUCAUUUUUGCACAAACAGUGGCUGAGAUCCUGCUGUGGAACCACACACUUCCCAGUAUAAAAUAAAUAAAAUGAUGAAAAUGCCUGGGAAUUGAAAAUGAGGGUAACUGCCAUUUAUCAUGCAGGGGGAGGACACAAAAUUACCUGAUGGAAGAAAAAUGAAGGCGAUUUGAAACCAAGUGCUACAUGAUAAGGUCAAAAGAGAUGAAUCAGGUGAAACAUUUGUCUUUCACCUGGUGCAUUACAAAGAAAGAUAAAAGGUACUUCCCCCCCCCCCAGUACUGCAACCUCUUUUAGCAAUAACAUGAAAUCUGUGUCGAGUGUAGCUUAGGCAAACCUUGGGGAAAAUACUAAUCUAGCUCAGUCCAAAUGCAAAUGGUUUAGAUUGCCACCUCAGAACGACACCUGUUUUUGUAGGAGAACUCACAUUAAACUAAAAAUGAUAGCAUUUACUAUAUGCCCUUAAAAAUGCAAAGACAGCCAUGAAUCUCUCCUCUCCUCUGUUGUUCUAGUCAGUUGUCUAUAACAAAAUUAAUGCUUAUUCUACAUUAACUUUUAACUUAUUUUCUUUGACAUUUUUGUCAUAUGCAGGUAUGCAAAAAUGAUUUUUGGUUGAUGUUUAUGUUGUCUUAUGUCAAGUCUCUAUUUGAUCAUGUGAUGAGAUGACACAAUCUGAUAGCUAGGUAAGGCCCAAAAUCUGUCAAGCCUGACAAGCUAAGCACAUCUGCAAGCCCAGCAAACAGUCAUGCCUUUUAAACACUGAUGCAGCGGUAAGACAGGACAAAGAAAAGCACAGGAAGAAAAAGUGGCAAAGCUCCCUCAAUUGCAGUUUUUCUCGAUUGCUAAGACACAUUUCUCGAAAGCUGCUCUCCUUUUCUCUAAACUGUGAACACAAAACCCAGUUUUCAAGCUACAUUCACAAAACCUCAGACUCUUCUUGCAAAACCAAACUUUCACCUCAAAACAGUUCAAUCUGUGCUCAAAACUGAACUAUGUUGUCAAAUCGUGCCCCGAGUCAAUCAAAAUUAAAAACACUACUGAGCAGUCACUAAACACUACAUAGAAAAAUAGAAAACACAAUGCUCAGGACAUGAAGCUGUAGAAAUAAAUGUUUAUUGUUCACUGUAGGCUAAAUGCAUGUUGCAAAACAAAAAAUAACCAGUGCAGUUAGCACUUGUACAUAGUAAAAAAAAAAAAAAAAAAAAAAGUACAAAAAACAGAAAUCCUGUGCAUUUACACGUAGCACUUGUACAGUAGAAAAACAAACAGAAAUCUUGUGCAUUUAGCACUUGUAUACAGUAAGCCUACGUAAAAGUAAAGUACAAAAAUAUACAAAUGAGAAGUGCAUUAUUCAGCCACAGCAUCAUUUCUCCAUACUGGGUCAGGCCACAGGACUUCAUCCACAUCACAGGCCACAUUUUGUCUGGCCAGGCAACGGGGAAAAAACCCCUGGCAUGCCGUAUCCAGGCUUGGCAUGCCUCCACACCUAUGUCACCACAGGCUAGUUCCAUGGCUUGCAGGAGAUUUACCCUGGUGUAAGGUUGGCGUUCAUAUACCUUCCACCACCAUGAGGAGAAGAAUUCUUCAGUGGGGUUCAGGAAAGGGGAGUACGGUGGAAGGCAAAGAUUGAUAAAACCUUGGUUCAUAUUGAACCACUCUCUAACCUGGAGGGCUCUGUGAAAACUCACAUUGUCCUAAACAAAAACAGAGAUGGGAUGCUCCUAACCAGUGCUCUCUGAACUGGCUUAUAUAUGUUCCCUCACAUCAUUAGCCACAAGUGUGAUCAAUUUUGAGCUGUUGUGCUCAACCGGUGACACCUGUGCUUUAAUUGUGCUUGACUUUUGCCACCUGUGCUCAGCAUUAUGCUACACAGGUGCAUCACAAUGAAAAUGUGUUGGCAAGUUGUGUCUAAACAGGUGAAAAGUGCUUAUGGUUUUGCCAAAAGAGUGACUGAUUCAAUCAGUGGGUUCAGGCAACUGAGCAUUUGGUUCAGACAAUAGGGUUUAGCGUUUUAGCAAUCGAGAAAAACUGUAAAUUCCUUUGGUUUAUUAUAGACAGUUGCCAGUGGUGUGUGUGUGUGCACCGUAUAACUAGUGACUAGCAUGUAUUAGGGCCCAUCACAAUAGCAUGCAUUGGGGCCCGUUGUAAUUAGCUUACGCCACUGGCCAGAGUGUUUGUUCCUCCUUAGCAGAAAGAUAAUGUGUGCUACCAGACCUUCCUCUAGCACUGACUCACUGUAGAGAAACGUCUGGCUGUGCGAGACUAGAGAAGAUACAAUUGAGACUGCUUUGGACUUGUUUUUUUAGAUUUUUUUUUAAAUUUUACUUCUAUAAGAAGUAGGCAGUUUCUGAACACAUGCUGAUCUACAAAAUGAUCUAAAAAUAUACAAAAAAGUGUUACAUCUUACAUAAUAAAUGGCAGUUUCAGUGCAACUGAUGAUUGACAGACAGUUCCAUUCACAGUCAUUUCCAUCACUUGAACUAUAAUCAGUUGUGACAUAUAGUUUCAACAUUCAUGGCCCUGCUUUUCUUCUUUUUUUUGUUACUGCCACUUCUUAGGCUUUGCCCUCUCUCUCUCUAUCAUCACUUUCUAAAGCAACUCUACAGAAACCAGCGUGGCUACAGUACCAGUGUGUGGAGGAUGGAUGUGUUAUUCUACCUUUCCUGUACAGUUUCAUGUUGACUAUGUAUUUAUUACAGAAGGUUUUGUGCUGCAGUUGUGUAAAUGAUUGCAUGUUUGUCUAAUGUUUAUUCUUUGCUCUGUUUCAAUGUGUCUUCAAGUUUAAAAUGGUCUGGCUCUGGAUUGUGUU